AUGUGUAAGCUCAACGAGACCGAAGUCACAGAGUUUCUACUCCUUGGCUUUAAAAAUACAUUCACCAUCAACAUUCUACUGUUCAGUUUUGUUCUUCUAGUUUAUAUUGCCAUUUUAUUUGGAAAUAUUCUCAUUAUUUUGCUGGUGUCUAUCAGCCACCUUUUUCAUGUCCCCAUGUACAUUUUCCUUAAACACUUGGCUUUGGCAGACCUAUUAUUUACCACCAACAUUAUACCUAACAUGUUAUAUAUUAUCAUACAAGAACAUGGCGUGAUAUCUGUCCAUGCCUGCUUUUUUCAAUAUUAUUUUCAUAGCCUUGCAAUUUUCACUCAGUCUUUGAUUCUCUUAGCCAUGUCAUUUGACUGGUAUUUGGCCAUUUGUCAACCACUGCGUUACUCUUCAUUGAUGGAACAUAGAAUCUGUUUUGGCUUGGUCUUCUGCUCUUGGGCUACUGGUUUAAUCCUAAUUCCAAGUGAAAUAGCUUUAUUGUUCCAGCUGAGGUUCUGUGGUACCAACACUAUUGACCAUUUCUUCUGUGAUAUUGCGCCUAUUCUGCGUAUUUCAACCUCAGAUGUCACAGUUGUAAUGUGGGAGGACUUUGCUUUUGCCAUAUUGAUCAUCUUUCGGCCUUUUGUAUUGAUCUCCAUAUCUUACAUGUGUAUAUUUUUUACCAUCUUCAAAAUUUCUUCCUCAACAGGAAGACAAAAAACUUUUUCGACCUGCAGUUCCCAUUUGGUCACUGUCUGUACAUAUUAUGGGACAUUAAUAGCCAUAUAUAUGGUUCCAGCUGGAGAAAACAACCUUAGCAAUGGCAAACUGUUAUCUUUAUUGUAUACUGUACUUACCCCAUUUAUCAACCCAUUAUUAUAUAGCAUAAGGAACAAGGAAAUAAAAAGAUUUCUAAAAAAACAGAUUCGUAUACAUGUAUUCUAA